GUGUAGUUUCUGAAUGCACCCCAUGUUACUGUACAAUUAUAUGUUUGUUUUGCAUAUAUGUAUAUAUUUUAUGUGAUUUUAUUGAUGCGAUAACGUAAAAUACACAUUAUGGAAAGUUAUAUGUCGGAAAAAAGCAUCAAUAAUGAUUUUCUUUCGCAAUCAUAUUUACAAGCAUUGUUAUCUAUGCAGGAUAACGGGAACUAACAAUUUUGAUCCUAAUCUUGAAAUUCCAAAAGAAAUUUUGGAAAACAACUGGGAUGUUCGGGAAAAAACCUGGAAUCAUUUGUUCGAUAAAUAUUCAGAAAAGCCAUCCGAUGAUACACAAGUAAAUAUUAUUACUGGCGAGCCUGAGGAAGAGAGCAGUGAAGAGGAACACAGUUGUGGACAGCGAAUACGCAUGCAUAAAUCGGCAUCUUUGAUACAAUAUUGGAUAAAUACUGGUAAUCCACCCUAUAAGACAUUUCUAAAUGAAAAGGAAGAUAUCGGAUCGUCUUUAAGUGAGGAAGAAAAUAUUUCUUUAAGUGAGGAAGAAAGUAUUUCUUUAAAGCAAACUUCAUCUUUAUUCGAUAAAAAUAAUGAACAAGAAUGUAGGAACCAUUCAUCUUCUAGUUCUGUAGACACUGCAGCUUAUAUCUUAUCAAAUGCAAAUAUUACAAAAAAGAUUGAUACAAUGGCUAUUAUAAAAGAUGCAAAAUGUCCUAACAUUAUUUCUUCAAAAAAUAUGAAAGAUGUAAAAACUAUAUCUAAUGAUAAGACUGAGUAUGUGAGGAUUGCAAGGAGUGAUCAAUGUGAUUACAGUGAUGAUAAUGUUAACACUAAUCUUCCAAAUUCUGAAAUUUUUAUCGAACAUGUAUCAAAAGUGCAUACUCAACCAAGCACAAUAAUAUCUAAUGACACAUUGCAGCCUAAUAUCUUACAAUAUUCAUCUCAUGAAAAAAUAGAUAAGAUAAAUACAUCAAAGUUGAGUCCAAAGCAAUUAGAUGUACGAAAUAUACAUGAUAUUGCAUCUAUUUUUCAACAAUUUGAUAAGACAUCACAACGAUUAGCUGGAAAUGAUAAGGAAAAUAUCACUUUAGCUCAAAUUGAAAUGAACAGAGAUACUUCCGAUGUAAAACAGGUAUCAGCAAGCACUAUCAUGACAGAAAUGAGUAAGAAUAAUACAACUAUGAUAUCACAACGUAAAUUAUAUACAGGUAGGAACUCUCCUAUAGAUUUAACACUAAUCAAUAGGCGUAACACAAAUAGACUAUCUCAGACAAACCAUAGUUUACAUCCUGCUUUAGAUACUGAUUGUACGAUUACAAGAAAAAUUAAAUUUUCAAGUUGUAAAAACAAAAACAAACAUAGAUCUCUUCUUGAUAAAAAGGGUCUUGAUUUUAAAAAAAGAAGAAGUGAAAGAAAAUGUUCUAAGUUUAUUAAAAAUUAUAGAGAUAGUUAUAAUUCCACUAGCAGCUUUUCCCAAAAUUUAUCAAACUCCUACAAUAAUUCAGAUACGCAAGAUAAUAGUCCAUUUUAUAAAAGAAAAAUGAUACAGGAGAAUAAUGAUACAAAUAGUUUUAUAAAAGACGAAAUAUAUAAACAAGAUUUAGCUUCCCUUAAUCUAAACCCAGUGGUUCUUUUGGAACGAAUUACAUCUUCAUUUAAACAUAAACCAAGUUUUGUCAAGAAAAAUCACAAUAUGCAAGAAAAUAGUGUACAUAACAAACAUUUUGUUAAAACGUCCAAAAAGUGUAAUAGUAAAAAUGAAGAUCUUGAAUCAAGAUCAAGUAACUCAAGUACCAUUCUUAUUUGCGAAUGUGGAAAAGAUGUAUCACAAAAAGAGGAAUCGAGUGACUCUUCAUUUGAGUUAAGAUUAAGUGUUGAUGAUAAUAACCCUGUUAAGGAUAUAGAAAAGAAGGCUGAUAAAUUAUCAAGUUCAAAAGAUAUCAAUACGAUUCAGACUAAAGAACUACAUAUAUUAGAAAGCUUACCACUAUUGCCAAACAAAAAUAUAAAUACAACGGUAACAUCACAAGUUUUAAAUAAAGAUGACGAUAUUAAACAGAAAAAAGUGCUUGAUAAAUCUCAAAUGCAUUUAUAUGGAACAAAUGAGAUAGGUAGCUUAAAUCUUAAAGAAAUUAAAAUAUCACUAUCAAGGACAAACGAAAAUUGUAUAGAUUCAAUAAAGUCACAAAUUUUGAAUAAAAAUGAUGCUAUUCAGCAAAAAGAAGUAUUGAGAGAAUCAGAAGCGUGUUUUUCUAAUUCAUAUAAAACAAACAAUAAAGAUAACAUAAAACUUCGAGAAGUUAAAGUUGUAUUGGAACAAUUGCCAACAAAUAUAGGUCUUAAAAAAAGCAUUACAGAUGUAAAUCUUUAUUCUGAUAAAAAGGAAAUUUCGCAAAAUACAAGUCUACGUAAUAAUAAAAUAGAAUCUCCAAUUGAUAAUAAUUCAUUAAAAAUGUGUAUUAAAUCUAAGAAAAAUGACAAAUUAAGUGACACAUCUGACAUUGUCUCAGAGCAUGAGAAUCAAGUUUCUGACAAAGUAAAAUCAAAUUCUGCUAAUUAUAAAUGUUCGAUUUUAAGUUUUACAUCUUCAGAUGAAGAUGAUUUUGUUAAAUUCUUGCGAAAAUCCCCAAAAAGAUUAAAAAGAAGUUCUAAGCCAAUCGAUAGCAAAAUAUUUAAUGUAACAAGCACUGUUAAUAAUAGAAAU